AUGGAUUCCACAGCAGAAAAGGAGUCCGAGGUGCUCCUUGACAGGAUGACCAACUCUCUGGCCAAGGCUAUGAGAGUAUCCGAACAUCAUGAAUGUCCAGACAGCCAAAGCACAGCAGCCCACAGGGGUACUGAGCAGGAGGACGAUGCCUUUUUUGACUGUGAGGAGUCUCUGGAUGGAGCAGACAAGGAAAGGAAGACUGACUGUUCAGAAGCCUCACCAUUAUGCCAGGGAGCAGAGGGAGACAGGAAAGAGAGAGUCAGAUUGAACAAAGAACACAUCAAUGCAGAGUUAGGAGAAGAAGCUGAGUUGUCAGGGGUGAGAACUACAAUAUUGGGAGAUGAAGAGGGGGAGAGAGGUGAAGGGAUGGAUGAGGAGGAGAAAGAGAGUUGGGAUGAGUGCACUGAAGAGGACAAGAGUGUGGCAGUUGAAGGGGGAGAUUCUGAUACUGAACUGAAAGGAGAAGAGAACACAGCUCCUGAGUUUGAUGAGGAGUAUCUGAGAGAAGUGGAGAAAGACCUGACAGAGGAAGAAAAGGAGGUGAAUGUUAUCCUAGUCUAAACAUUCGUUUCCUACAACAUGUUUCUGUUAUAAUAAUAAUAACUCACCAAAAUGCAAGAUGCUUUUUUUUUUCAACUUUCAACCAUAAUUUGGUGGUUCGUAGGUUGACAUUACAAAAGCUCCCCGUCUUUUGUGUUUGUUUGUUUCCUUUGUGCCAUAGAGCCGCAGAGAGGGGAGUAUGACACUAAAGGACAAGGGGAACAGUCAGUUCAAGAGUGGAGGUAGGCUGCUGUAGGCUAAACUGCUGUAGGAUGGCUGUUGGAGGAAACCUGUCAAAUAGGAAUUGACUGACCCUUUAUCUUCCUAGAGCACACUGAGGCAGAGGAGUCUUACACGGCAGCUUUGGGAGUGUGCCCUGUGUGUUACAGCAAGGAGAGGGCUAUUCUCUUCUCUAACCGUGCUGCUGCCCGCCUGCACCUGGUAAGAGUGGUUGUAACAAUAAACUUAACCAAGUGGGGAAUUCUGAGGACCUAUCUUGAGUUUAUCUAGUUGAUUGUUAUAACCCUCCUGAGGUUUCCUACAUUUCAGUUUGUUUUGUCAAAAUAUAUUCUCAGACGGCUGCCUAUAUAAAUUAUAACAUAAGGUCUACCUUUUAUGACACAAUUGUAUCAAGUCAAUUCUCUUCUACUAUUGCAAAGUCAGGUGCACAGUUUAGAGAUUGUGGAGACACAGAGCUCUUGUGACACCUAGUGGUACUCUACUGUAACUACAGGUUUGAAUUGGAACUAUGCUCUUGCCUGAUUCAUUCUAGUCCUAUGUGUCAAGACAUCAACAGGUCAUUUGGAGUUGAUGAUAUCAUCUCAUAACUUUUCCACCCAAACAAAUAUACAACAAAAUGCAGACUGAGUUUGAAUAAAACCUUCCCCCUCCCCCAAUAGGAUAAGAAUGAGAAAGCCAUCGCUGACUGCACAAAAGGUGAGACUGUUAAAUCUGUAUGUAUUGUAAUUCCACCAUGCCAGAUGAUUGAACUGUCUGGGACCUGAUGUCCUACUUUCCCAGUGUAUUCUAGUGAACACACUGCCUACUCCAGAACACCCCAUGUUUCUACAUAUUUUCUGUUCACCCAAACCAGGUGUAUCCGGUAAAUUGCAGUUGCUAUUAUCAAAAUCACCAACACCGGGUGCAGAUUUGGGUGAAUGACAUUUUGAAUAUUCAUACCCAUUGCUACAUAACUAGCACUCUGAACAAUUGUUUUCUUGUUUCUUCACCUCCAGCCAUAGAGUUGAACCCAAACUACAUGCGGGCGAUCCUGCGGAGGGCAGAGCUCUAUGAGAAAACAGACAAGCUGGAUGAGGCUUUGGAAGACUACAAGGCUGCUCUGGAGAAAGACCCAAACCUGCCAGCAGCCAGAGAGGCCUGCAUGGUUAGUGGCAAAAACUGACAUUUAACUCAAAGAUAAGAUUUAGCAGAACAGAAAAAGCUUGCAUUUAACAGUCACUAUUCAGUAGAUGCACAUAGUUCACUUUUAACAAUUGGAGAGUAUAGUAGCAGGGUUGGUUUUUGCAUUUUCUUCUUGCUUACCAACAUUGAAUGAAUGUUGUUAGGAUUGCCUUGGAUGAAAAAACAAGAACCAUAAUAAUCCAGAUUUUGAUAUGAGGCCCAGUUAUCCGACAAUUUCAUUGAUCUUGCUCGUUCAAUAGCUAGGGUUCAAGUUAAUCAAAUAAAACAUGCAUUACUGUUUAAUAUGUAAUAUUGAUGUGAGGCAAACUGAAAUGGCUUGGACAAAGAAGUGUUUCUCAUCUUUCCAUUCAAUGAGGCUGUCUGUGCUGUAGUUGGAGUUGGCUGUAUCUGUGUCAAGGGGAAAGAAGGGUUCUUAUUUGUUCUGAAUGAGGCCAUGCAUAACAACAGGAGCCAAGCAGCAGCUCUUACCAAUGUAGCCAUGAGGGGGCGGCUUACACAACACAAGCUCACAGCACUUGCAUCCCAAAUGGCACCCUUAUUACAUAUAUAGUGCACUAAGUAGUAGAGCGGGGACUACUAAUCGCAGGCAUUUUGCUGAUAUCGUUCAUUACGAUAAAUAGCCUAUACUAGAGAAAUUUGCAUUUUUGAAAUGAAAUACAGUGGGAGAAAAAAGUAUUUAGUCAGCCACCAAUUGUGCAAGUUCUCCCACUUAAAAAGAUGAGAGAGGGCUGUAAUUUUCAUCAUAGGUACACGUCAACUAUGAAAGACAAAAUGAGGGAAAAAAAUCCAGAAAAUCACAUUGUAGGAUUUUUAAUGAAUUUAUUUGCAAAUUAUGGUGGAAAAUAAGUAUUUGGUCAAUAACAAAAGUUUCUCAACACUUUGUUAUAUACCCUUUGUUGGCAAUGACACAGGUCAAACGUUUUCUGUAAGUCUUCACAAGGUUUUCACACACUGUUGCUGGUAUUUUGGCCCAUUCCUCCAUGCAGAUCUCCUCUAGAGCAGUGAUGUUUUGGGGCUGUCGCUGGGCAACACGGACUUUCAACUCCCUCCAAAGAUUUUCUAUGGGGUUGAGAUCUGGAGACUGGCUAGGCCACUCCAGGACCUUGAAAUGCUUCUUACAAAGCCACUCCUUCGUUGCCCGGGCGGUGUGUUUGGGAUCAUUGUCAUGCUGAAAGACCCAGCCACGUUUCAUCUUCAAUGUCCUUGCUGAUGGAAGGAGAUUUUCACUCAAAAUCUCACGAUACAUGGCCCCAUUCAUUCUUUCCUUUACACGGAUCAGUCGUCCUGGUCCCUUUGCAGAAAAACAGCCCCAAAGCAUGAUGUUUCCACCCCCAUGCUUCACAGUAGGUAUGGUGUUCUUUGGAUGCAACUCAGCAUUCUUUGUCCUCCAAACACGACAAGUUGAGUUUUUACCAAAAUGUUCUAUUUUGGUUUCAUCUGACCAUAUGACAUUCUCCCAAUCCUCUUCUGGAUCAUCCAAAUGAUCUCUAGCAAACUUCAGACGGGCCUGGACAUGUACUGGCUUAAGCAGGGGGACACGUCUGGCACUGCAGGAUUUGAGUCCCUGGCGGCGUAGUGUGUUACUGAUGGUAGGCUUUGUUACUUUGGUCCCAGCUCUCUGCAGGUCAUUCACUAGGUCCCCCCGUGUGGUUCUGGGAUUUUUGCUCACCGUUCUUGUGAUCAUUUUGAUCCCACGGGGUGAGAUCUAGCGUGGAGCCCCAGAUCGAGGGAGAUUAUCAGUGGUCUUGUAUGUCUUCCAUUUCCUAAUAAUUGCUCCCACAGUUGAUUUCUUCAAACCAAGCUGCUUACCUAUUGCAGAUUCAGUCUUCCCAGCCUGGUGCAGGUCUACAAUUUUGUUUCUGGUGUCCUUUGACAGCUCUUUGGUCUUGGACAUAGUGGAGUUUGGAGUGUGACUGUUUGAGGCUGUGGACAGGUGUCUUUUAUACUGAUAACAAGUUCAAACAGGUGCCAUUAAUACAGGUAACGAGUGGAGGACAGAGGAGCCUCUUAAAGAAGAAGUUACAGGUCUGUGAGAGCCAGAAAUCUUGCUUGUUUGUAGGUGACCAAAUACUUAUUUUCCACCAUAAUUUGCAAAUAAAUUCAUAAAAAAUCCUACAAUUUGUUUUUCUGGAAAAUAAAUUCUCUAUUUGUCUGUCAUAGUUGACGUGUACCUAUGAUGAAAAUUACAGGCCUCUCUCAUCUUUUUAAGUGGGAGAACUUGCACAAUUGGUGGCUGACUAAAUACUUUUUUCCCCCACUGUACGUUUGCUAAUAUGGGUAGUUGUUAAUGGGACAAUUGUUGGCUACAACCAUCAAACUAGUAGUAGUAGUUUCAAAUAUAAUAAUAAAAAGAACUGUGGUGCACGACGUUAAUGUUGUAAACGUAUCGUUCUAUUUAUCGUUUUCGCAUCAAUUCAGGCAAUUUAUCGCAAUAUGCAUUUUUGACCAUAUCGCCCAGCUCUACAAAGUAGGGCACAAUAUAGUGCACGUUAUAGGGAAUUAGGUGCCAUUUGGAACGCGGUCGGCCCAUCUUGGCCUGGCCUGAAAUAGAAGAGUAGAUCGAGGCAAGGAGAAGACUGAUAAAAUGCGGAGAGGAAGGAGUAUAGUGCAGUUACUUAGGCUUUGCUUCCUUUCAUAUGAAAAUACACCGGCAGACACUAAAUGGUCUCAAAAUACUCUGUCUAGUCUAUCUCCCCCGGCCCCAACACAUACACACACACGUACCAGAGAAUCAACUCCAUUCUUCCCAACAGCUCCACAUUUCCUUUGUUUGGUCUAGAAUGGAUAAUGCGAGAUGAGAGCAGUUACAGAGCCUUCAGUUACAGAGCCUUGACUUAUUCCACAUGUUGUUUUGUUACAGCAUGAAUUAAAAAUUGAUUAAAUAUAUUUUUUUAUCUGCCAAUCUACACACAAUACCCCAUAAUGACAGUGAAUUGUUUUUAGACAUUUUCUUAACAUUUUCAAAUUUAUUGAAAAUGAAAUACAGAAAUAUAUCAUUUACAUAAGUAUUCACACCCCUGAGAAUACUUUGUAGAAGCACCUUUGGCAGCGAUUACAGCUGUGAGUCUUUCUGGGUAAGUCUAUAAGCUUUCCACACCUGGAUUGUGCAACAUUUGCCCAUUAUUCUUUUCAAAAUUCUUCAAGCUCUGUCAAAUUGGUUGUUGAUCAUUGCUAGACAGCCAUUUUCAGGUCUUGCCAUAGAUUUUCAAGUAGAUUUAAAUAAAAACUGUAACUACCACUCAGGAACAUUUACUGUCUUCAUGGUAAGCAACUCCAGUGUAGAUUUGGCCUUGUGUUUUAGGCUAUUGUCCUGCUGAAAUGUGAAUUCAUCUCCCAAUGUCUGGUGGAAAGCAGACUGAACCAGAUUUUCCUCUAGGAUUUAGCCUCUGUUUAGCUCCAUUCCGUAGAUUUUUUGUAUUCAGGACAAAAAGUUAAAUUGCUUUGCCACAUUUUUUGCAAUAUUACUUUAGUGGUGUGGUCCUCUGUAGCUCAAUUGGUAGAGCAUGGCGCUUGUAACGCCAGGGUAGUGGGUUCGAUCCCCGGGACCACCCAUACGUAAGUCGCUUUGGAUAAAAGCGUCUGCUAAAUGGCAUAUUAUUAUAUUAUUUAGUGUCUUGUUGCAAACAGGAUACAUGUUUUGGAAUAUGUGUAUUCUGCAGGGUUCCUUUUAACUCUGUCAAUUAGGUUAGUAUUGUGAAGUAACUACAAUGUUGUUGAUCCACCCUCAGUUAUCUCCCAUCACAGCCAUUAAAUUCGGUGACUGUUUUAAAGUCACCAUUGGCCUCAUGGUGAAAUCCCUGAGCGGUUCCUUCCUCUCCGGCAACUGAGUUAGGAAGGACGCCUGUAUCUUUGGGUGUAUUGAUACACCAUCCAAAGUGUAAUUAAUAACUUCACCAUGCUCAAAGGGAUAUUCAAUGUAUGCUUCUUUUUUUGGUUCUUUUUUUAAAUCUACCAUUAGGUGCCCUUCUUUGCAAGGCAUUGGAAAACCUCCCUGGUAUUUGUGGUUGAAUCUGUGUUUGAAAUUCACUGCUCGACUGAGGGACCUUAUAGAUAAUUGUAUGUGUGGGGUACAGAGAUGAGGUAGUCAUUCAAAAAUCUUGUUAACCUCUACGGGAUUGGUGUCCCAUAUACGGGACGGUUGAGCUAACGUGCACUAAUGUGAUUAGUAUGACUGUAAAUAACAGCAAACUUUCCGGGACAUAGACAUGUCUUAUAUGGGCAGAAAGCUUAAAGUCUUGUUCAUCUAACUGCACUGUCCAAUUUACAGUAGCUAUUACAGUGAAAAAAAUACCAUGCUAUUGUUUGAGGAGAGUGCACAACAACAACAAAAACGUAUCACCGCAACUGGUUUGAUACAUUCACCUCUGAAGGUAAAUAAUAUACUGACAUUCAGUAAUCUUGCUCUGAUUUAUCAUCCUAAGGUUAUAUUCUCCUACGUUAAUUUCAUAUUUCCACAAACUUCAAAGUGUUUCCUUUCAAAUGGUAUCAAGAAUAUGUAUAUUGUUGCUUCAGGUCCUGAGAUUUGUGUAUGUCAUUUUAAGCGAAAAGAGGUUAAACACUAUUAUUGCACACAGAGUGAGUCCAUGCAAUUUAUUAUGUGACUUGUUAAGCACAUUUUUACUCCUGAACUUAUUUAUGCUUGCCAUAACAAAGGGGUUGAAUACUUAUUGACUCGAGACAUUUCAGCUUUUCAUUAUUAAUUCAUUUGUAGAAAAUUUGAAAUAGAUAAUUCCACUUUGACAUUAUGGGGUAUUGUGUGUACAGUGCAUUCGGAAAGUAUUCAGACCCCUUGACUUUUUCCACAUUUUAUUACGUUACAGCCUUAUUCUAAAAUUGAUUAAAUUAAUGUUUUUCCUCAUCAAUCUACACACAAUACCCCAUAUGACAAAGCUAAACAGGUUUUUAGAGAUGUUAGCAAAUUUGUAACAAAUUUAAAACAAAUACCUUAUUUACAUAAGUAUUCAGACCCUUUGCUAUGAGACUCGAAAUUGAGCUCAGGUGCAUCCUGUUUCCAUUGAUCAUCCUUGAGAUGUUUUGACAACUUGAUUGGAGUCCACCUGCGGUAAAUUCAAUUGAUUGGACAUGAUUUGGAAAGGCACACACCUGUCUAUAUAAGGUCCCACAGUUGACAGUGAAUGUCAGAGCAAAAACCAAGCCAUGAGGUCGAAGGAAUUGUCCGUAGAGCUCCGAGACAGGAUUGUGUCGGCACAGAUCUGGGGAAGGGUACCAAAACAUUUCUGUGGCCUCCAUCAUUUUUAAAUGGAAGAAGUUUGAAACCGCCAAGACUCUUCCUAGAGCUGGCCGCCCGCUAAACUGAGCAAUCGGGGGAGAAGGGCCUUGGUCAGGGAGGUGACCAAGAAACCGAUGGUCACUCUGACAGAUCUCCAGAGUUCCUCUGUGGAGAUGGGAUAAUCUUCCAGAAGGACAACCAUCUCUGCAGGACUCCACCAAUCAGGCCUUUAUGGUAGAGUGGCCAGACGGAAGCCACUCCUCAGUAAAAGGCACAUGACAGCCCGCUUGGAGUUUGCCAAAAGGCACCUAAAGGACUCUCAGACCAUGAGAAACAAGAUUCUCUGGUCUGAUGAAACCAAGAUUGAACUCUUUGGUCUGAAUGCCAAGCGUCAUGUUUGGGGGAAACCUGGUACCAUCCCUAUGGUGGUGGCAGCAUCAUGCUGUGGGGAUGUUUUUCAGCGGCAGGGACUGGGAGACUAGUCAGGAUCAAGGGAAAGAUGAACGGAACAAAGUACAGAGAGAUCCUUGAUGAAAACCUGCUCCAGCGUUCUCAGGUCCUCAGACUGGGUCGAUGGGUUCUCCUUCCAACAGGACAUCGACCCUAAGCACACAGCCAAGACAACGCAGGAAUGGCUUUGAGACAAGUCUCUGAAUGUCCUUGAGUGGCCCAGCCAGAGCCCGGACUUGAACCUGAUCGAAUAUCUCUGGAGAGACCUGAAAAUAGCUGUUCAGCGACACUCCACAUCCAACUUGACAGAGCUUGAGAGGAUCUGCAGAGAAGAAUGGGAGAAACUCCCCAAAUACAGGUGUGCCAAGCUUGUAGCGUCAUACCCAAGACUCAAGGCUGUAAUCGCUGCCAAAGGUGCUUCAACAAAAUACUGAGUAAAGGGUCUGAAUACUUAUGUAAAUGUGAUAUUUCAGUUAUUUAUUUAAAAACCUGUUUUUGCUUUGUUGUUAUGGGGUAUUGUGUGUAGAUUGAUGAGGAGGAAAAAACUAUUGCAUCCAUUUUAGAAUAAGGCUGUAACGUAACAAAAUGUGGAAAAAGUCAAGGGGUCUGAAUACUUUCUCAAUGCACUGUAGGCCAGUGACAAGAAAUCUCAAUUUAAUCCAUUUUAAAAUCAGACUGUAACACAACAAAAUGUGGAAAAGUGUGAAUACUUUAUGAAGGCGCUGUAUGUCCUUGGAGGCAUGCUGUAUAGACCAGCACCCUAGAUAUAAUAUGCCAGUAAUUACAAAGCAGAGUAAAGGGGUCCUUCUGACCUGAGGUGGAUAAUGAGAAAUUACUGUGAUGGAUUGGUGGGGAAAACCUGUUUACCUCCCUGCCACUACAACGUCUGAGGUUACUAGCUCUAGUCCAGAGGUUAAGGACAAGUGUAAUGCAAUAGUCCCACCACAGUGAUGUUGUCAAGACAACCACGGGGUAAAGUAGUAGCACCAUAUCCUUGAAGUUCCAUUCCAAACAAAUAAAGGUUGUUGUGAGAUCAGAGGAAGCUAAAUUAAAUCUGCUGUGCACUGUUCUGUAUGUGAAACGAUGGGCCACAGAAUAGUGGUAACCAGCCACAUGGCUAGUCAUUCACCUUGACUGACUGUCUCUUUCCCUCUCCUCCAUACAGAGGCUUCCACAACAGAUCCACGAGCGAAAUGAGAAGCUGAAGGAAGAGAUGAUGGGUAUGAGACCUUUUUUUGUAUUUUUCAUCUACUGCUUUUCUCUUGCUUUGCGUAGAUUGCACCCCCAGGGAAACAUUUCAAAAGGCUAGAGACUAAAGUGCAUUCACUGAUCAGCAAGAAACACUGAAUGGUGCACUGUGAUAUGUUCAAUCAAAUUGUUAGCAGGUGAGGGUAGCCCCAACAUACCAGUUCAGUGUUAGGGUGGUUCUGUUCCAUCGUGGUCACCUAUAAGGUCGUGUGGAUCCAGCUGUUACUCACUAGGCUGGAAGUGUGAAACCGAUUGAAUGCUUGGAAUUGAAAUUGACCACAAAGCAGGAGAGAGGCUGUUUAACCAACAUUUCCAAUUGAUUUUACUACAGUAAGAGCCUUGGAGCUGUGCUGGGAAAAACUGCUCAGUACUAAUGUACUAAGGCUGUGUAGUAGGACGGAGAUAAGUGUAUAUUGUAGUAUUCUCUCAUUUGCAAUUGUCAGUAGACAAUACUGACCUAAAUGGAAAUGUUUUCAUGUGUUAUUGGUCAUUUAAUUGUUUUCAUCACAAUUUUUGUCAUAAUUUAGCCUUCAUGUAUUUAGCCUUUCCCUGUCUGUUUGUCCAUAGGCAAGCUGAAGGACUUGGGCAAUAUGUUCCUACGGCCUUUUGGUCUGUCCACCUCAAACUUCCAGGUGAACCAGGAUUCGGGCACUGGAUCCUACUCCGUCAACUUUGUUCAGAGUCCAAAUAACAACCGAUAA